CGACCCACCCCGAUACUUUCACCCCUACCCGUGGCCUUCUUUCUCGCGAUAUGGCCAAGAACGGGUCUCAUUCUCGGUCGUCGCGGCUACGGUCGUCACGCGACGUGUCGACCGACCACGCCGCCAUGCGCCUCGGCGCUCCGUCCUCGUCGCUGCGGUCGGAAUCGGCGGCGCAUCGAGUGGCUCUGCUCUCGGGAUACUCUCCGCCGACGUCGGCAAGGAGCACAGGCCGGGCAAGGAAGAUCUCGUCGUCAUCGACACGGCAUCACCAUGCUGGCUCGCCGUCCAAGCAUCACGCUGGCUCGCCGUCCAAGCACAGCCACCAUGUUGGAUCGCCCGGAAAGGCCUCUCGCUCCUCGUCGUCGUCAAAGAAGCUCGCCUGGUUCUGCCUCUUCUGUGAUGGCGAGUUUGUCUCGUCGCCGAGCUAUGUCAAAAUUCGGACUGGUUGUGGUUCGGGCUCGGGCUUGGGCUCGGGCUCGGACUCGCUGUCUCAGGACGAGUCGUCGGGGUGGCGGGUUGUCUCCUCGCGGCGAUCGUCGUCGUCGAGCCGCGCACCGCUUGUCGAGCCGCCGAGAGCAGUGACUGAGAGCGAGGCGUCAGGACUGCCGCCCGGCGACACGCUGUGUGCGCUCAACUCGGCAGGGAUCAACUCGUCGCGGCACACGCCGGCAGCCAGCGCGGCACAUCCGCUGGUGCGGCAGCUCCGGAUCCAGGUCCGCAUGAAGGCGUCAGGCAAGGGCAGCCGCAAGCGGCGGAAGCGCGCCUUGAUUCCGCCGCCGUUUAGCUCUGGUGUCAUCGCGUCCAACUCGCUGCAGCUCCGGCCAGACGGCUCUUUCACCGCGGUCAAGGUCGGCGAAGGCGAAGACGCCUCGCGACGGACUCGGACAACCAUGAUCGCGUACUACGGGUACUUUAGGGUCGACACCUCGAGCGAGCGCAUCGCGCUCUACACGCCUUUCUCGCACUUUUACCGCGAGGGCUCGGCCGCCAUGCCGGUCCGGUCCAUGGUCCAUCACUACACUCGAGUCCACGACAAGCUCGUUCUCGAGGCUGCAUAUACCGAGGGCUCGGGCGGGAUUCUCCUGGCGCGAGUCGUUAACUACCUUGCUUCGCUUGGCGACUACGCCGGCUCAUUCUUUAUCCUUCCCCCGGUCCGGCCCACCGACAACGAGGCCGGCACCGCACUCAUCGCCGCGCUCUCGCGCGCCGCUGACACCGCAGCCGGCAUCUCGGACUGGGACGCAGCGCCGUCCGAGCUGGAGACCUCGACGUCACGCCGUGACUCGGAUUCGGACGACGAGUACGAGUACGAAUACAACGAGUACGAGUACGACGACAACGACGACGACGAUGAGUACGAGUACGACGGAUAUGCCUCCGGCGGCUCGUCCGGCCGCUACGUCAACGACUACGCCGUUUUUGAAGUCCGCAACGGCGCCAGCGGGCCGAGCAGGCGGCGGCGCCAGCGGCGGCGGCGGCGCGGCUCGCUAUCGUCCUCUGAUGGCGUCGGCUCGGGCUCGAGCUCUGGCUCGGCUGCGUCCGAGUACAAGAUUGAGUACGUCGAGUACACGGCGGUAGAGACGACCGAGAGCACAUCAUAACAUACUCUCCGCGG